UUUCAUUUCUUGAAAUCAAAGAUGAUCUAUCUCAGUGCAUCCUCACUGAUCUUCCUAAAUAUAAUAUUUUUCAUUGGGGCUGAUACUGUGUUUGCUUAUGUCAAGCCAUGUUCUGCAAUGGGUAAUUUCACAGCAAAUACUGUGGAAGAGCCAACCAAUGCAGGGGGAAAAAACCUCUCAGCACUUAAUUCUCAGGAGAAGAAAAAAUGCAAUGUGCCCUGUGAUUUUCAAGCUAAAAUGUUAAGAGAAGAAAAGCAUUAUAUGUGUCGAAAUUUGCAGAAUUCUCUGAUUGAAUAUGCAAGAAGUACCAAAAAAAUGAUACGGAAUAUGAUGGAUGAUCACCAGUCUUCUCUGGAUUAUCUUUCCAAUCAGGUCAAUGAACUUAUGAGUCGGGUAAUGCUUUUAAACGCAGAAAUGUCUAGAAAACCAAUUGAAGUAUUUCCUCAUCGAGCUGUUCAGUCUCACGGUUUGGAUUGCAGCGAUAUUAAGGAUACUAUUGGCUCUGUUACAAAAACGCCAAGUGGUCUCUACAUAAUCCAUCCAGAAGGAUCAAGUUACCCCUUUGAGGUAUUGUGUGAGAUGGAUUUUAGAGGAGGAGGAUGGACAGUGAUUCAAAAGAGAACCGAAGGGAUGGUUGGAUUUCAAAGGACCUGGUCUGACUAUUUGGAUGGAUUUGGUGACCUUGCAGGGGAAUUUUGGCUUGGGCUCCGAAAGAUUUUCCACAUAACAAAUCAGAAAACUGCCAGCUUCAUGCUCUAUGUGGGCGUGGAGUCUGAAGAUGAUUCGUAUGCAUAUGCAUCAUAUGACAGCUUUUGGUUAGAGGAUGAAGCCUGCUCCUUUAAAAUCCAUUUAGGACGUUAUUCUGGAAAUGCUGGUGAUGCAUUUCGGGGAUACAGAAAAGAAGACAACCAGAAUACAUUACCCUUCAGUACUUUCGAUGCUGACAAUGAUGGUUGCAAUCCAGUUUGCUUACUUCAAGAACAGCCUGUAAAGAGCUGCAGUAACUUUAGUGAGCAGACAGGCUGGUGGUUCAGCCAAUGUGGUCUUGCAAACCUCAAUGGCAUUCAUCGGCUCACAAGGAGGAAGCUGAAAACGGGGAUUCGGUGGGACACCUGGACAGAGAAUGACAAACCUGUCAAAAUUAAAUCUGUUUCAAUGAAAAUCAGAAGAACAUAUUUCAGAUAACUGGAUGAUGUCAUUGAAAUAUAUAUCUUCCGGAAAUCAGGCUAAGAGCUCAGACUAAAAUGCACAAAAUUUUAGCUUACCCAUCCAUUCGUAGAAAUGUUGGAGACAUUUUGCACAUUGUAUUACUUUGCAAUUCUGGGUUCCGCGUACUUAUAAAUUCUCCAUGAUGUAGCUGCAUUGGCAAUAUUCUCCCUUCACUGCUGGAUGUCACCAGUGGUUUAUCACUUUAGCACUUUUAUUACAUGGACGGGUAAGCCAGAAGCACGAUCGCUACAAUUUCGAUUUUUUCAAAUUUUCUCUUUUUUACCUUUAUGGUGGGUCAGCAGAUCUGGAAAAUGGCUAUAGUGGCACUAAUUUUAAAAAAUAGAGGGGACUUUCACACAGUCAGUAUUGGACAGCAGUUGCAGAAGGUAUCUCAGUAAAUCCCCGGGCAUGUAGGAAACAAAGCUGUGCAGCAAUUCUAUUGUGAACAAGGACUCUUUCCCUGAAGAAGGAAAACAGCCACCUUUUUAUUUAUGUACAGGCACAGCCUUAGCAAGGGCACAGGUGCAGUCACUGGCCAUCAUUCCAAGGACAGCCAACAAGUGGAGGAACGCUUAACCCAUCUGCCAAAGAUGAGUAAUUGGCAAAGUGCGGGGAAAAUGCUCCAUAAAGAGGCGCACCAUGCAUCUCCAUGCACAGAGGUUAUGCCGGCUAAUUUCAGUGGUCUAA